UCCCCCCACCCCUCCGCUAGUUUAAAAGGGUACAAGAGUAAGUCGUCCCGCUGCUCUGUUUCUGAGAACCCUGCUGUGUUUGGGACACACACAAACACCAGUGUACUUCCAGCUACAGGAACAGAGACACAGGGACAAGGGGCCGAGAGGGGGACAUGCCACUGGACGUUGUCCUAAAUGGCCCGGCCCCGUGGGGGUUCCGACUGACCGGGGGCAAGGACUUCAACCAGCCCCUCACCAUCUCCAGGGUAAGAGAGUGUACCUGAUACUUUUAGACUGAAAAGACUGACAAUGGGAGGGCGAUUGUGUGUUUACAGUAUGUUUUGUAUGUGUGAUGUGUGCUCGAGCAUCUUUGAGUGGGCCUGGUGCCAGGUGUUUGUGUGGGUGAGGAGGCGGCAGUAGGAGGGAGGGGUGUGUGUGUCUUCCUACAGUGAACACAAAUAGUCAGAUAUACUCAACCGCUCAACCAUUGUGUUCUGUGUAGAGGAUUAUGUUGAUUCGCUCUCUUAGCCUAUUGUAUGUGUCGCUCUCUCUCUCUCUCUCUCUCCCCCUCCCUCACUCUCUCUCUCCCCCUCCCUCACUCCUCCUCUCGUCUCUCUUCCCUCUCUCUCCUCUCUCUCUCUCUCUCUCUCCUCUCUCUCUCUCUCCUCUCUCUCUCUCUCUCUCUCUCUCUCUCUCUCUCUCUCACUGCCAGCAUACUUGGCUCACCUUCCCUUUACCCUCUUGUCUCAGUUAAAUAGCUGUGCUAGGAUGAGAAACAGCAUGCAAGAGCUCAGUGUAUCAAACCAGACUGACUAUGCAGUAAUAUUGCCAAAAGGCCGCGUCCCAAAUGAAAACAUAUUCCCUAAAUAGUGACUAGGGCCCAUAGGAAUUUUGGUCAAAAGUAGUGCACUAUAAAGGGAAUAGGAGGCCAUUUGGAUGUCACAGCCUUAGCCAUUCCCUAACAUAGAACAGCCCUGAGACUUACAGUGAAAGAUCAUUGGAUUGUGAAUGUGUGUUUUGGGAUGUAUGUGUUAAAGCGUGAUACAGCAAGGGGUCUUUCCAUGGGGUGGAAGGCUGCGUGGCUGGGGGAACAUGCUCAAACACACACACACACACAUGUUCCAGUAAAUAUAUGCAGCUUAGUUUGAAAUAGCUGUUUGCAUCAUCUACUGACACGCGAACACACACACACACACACACACACACACACACACACACACACACACAUACACAUACACAUACACAUACACAUACACACACACACACACACACACACACACAUACACACACACACACACACACACAGCAGCUGAAUGAACGCAGACUGCUGGGAAUGGAUUAAUAGCUGGUGACCAAAGUGCAGUCUCCUGGGUAGGCAUCUAGGUGGAGUUAUUCUGAGAAUGACCUUCAUUUAGCUCAAGUUAAGACAUUAAACUGUAUUUGUUAUGUGUGUGUGAUCAUCAUCAUGUGUUUGUGUUAACAUUGUGUGUGUUUGUUUUUAUGUGUGUCCGUCUCUGUCUGUGAGUGUGUGUAUGUUGGAGUUUGUAUUUUGACGUUGGCAAGAUGUGUAUGUGUGUGUGUAACCAUAGGAGUAUCAGUAAUCCCUGUCGUGAGUCUAAGUUUAGGCCUGGCACCAGGGCCGGGGGCUUAAAGAGUUACCGGGGAGAUCUGUGAAUCACUGGCCCCUGGGGGCCACUACACACCUGUUGCGUGAGCAGAGAACUGCAACCUCUCUGAACAAACUGCUGAAGGAGAGGGGGGAGGCGGGGUGGGGGGAGACGGCGAGAGGGAGGGAGGGAGGGAGGGAGGGAGGGAGGGCCAAAAACUGUGUUUAUUAUAAAACACCUUUUCAAAGGCAUUGCAGGUAGAUGAUGCCCCUAACCACAUAUCUAGGAUCAGAUCACCCUAUCCCCAAGCCUAACCUUAACCAUCAGGGAAAUGAUGUACAAUCUGACUCCGUUUCAGUCGCUUUUCAGUAUUUCCCCCUGAUUUGAUUUAUAUCUCCUCAUAUACCCUUGACCCUGUCCGUGUGUGUGUGUGCGCACGUAUCCCUUCAUAAUCCACCCACUAGACAAGCUCUCAUCACUUUACUCCCAACCUCUCACAAAGCAGUCAUUGAUCGAAGUUUUUUAAACCCUCUCUACACAGUCUUAUUAGCUCUCAUUCGAGGGCUGUUCACUUGUAAUGAGAUUUAGCCACUGGCGCAUUCCUCUCGCUCGCAGAGCUUGAACCUCGACCUUGUCUCGACCGUGUCUUCCCAGGCCAUUUUUGGUCAAAAACAUCCCCUUCUUCGGUUGAUUUUGUUUUCAAAUGGAAGUGUAAACUAAACAUGAUUAAUUGAUGUCCAUUGCCCGGUUCCAGCAAACGAGGGAAUCCAGAAUGACGAGUGAUGUUUAAAUUAGCUGCGGUCACGCAUGUUUGGCUGGGACUAGAAGCCGAGUAGGUAAGAAACUAGGGGUUGUGUUCAGAAGGGCCAUAGCAAAAUGAAAAUGAGGGCUUCUUAUUGGACAAGUUAUGGGAGUACCUCCCCGUUUCAAACAGUUUCAAAAUGCUUCUCCCUCCUGAACACAACCCAGGGGUCCAUCCAUGCUGGAGACUUUUGGGGCCGGUCCCAAUAAACUCCCUAACCCUCCUUUUGGCCCUAACCCUUCAAUGUUUGCAGAUCUGAAGAGUCUGGAUAGGUUCCAGUGUAGUGGAGGAGCUUCCACCAUAUUGCUUUCACCUUACAGAUCUGCAAACAUUUAAAGGGCCAAGUGAAGGGUUAGGGAGUGAUUUGUGACUGGCUGUUGGAAUUAAAAUGAGAGUAGUACAAAUGAUGCACAUCGCAGGGAGAUGCAGAUGGUUGUCUAGGAAAAUGCCAAAGUUUAAAUUGUGUAAAUCACUCAUGUUCCCCCCACAUCCCAUGACUCUCUCAUCCUGAGUUAUUUAUAGGCUUAUGACCCAAGCUUCAAUGUAACGUCUACGUCUGUGAGAGCUACAACGUACAGUACGUUUGAAGUUCAAGUUGCGUCUGUGGAGCCUAAAACGCAAUCUGGCUCUCUUCCACCAGAGAGGAAAACUCAUCAGAGAGAGAGAGAAUGAGAUAAAUAAAUAUUGAGAGAGAAAUAGACAAAAAAGAGGAAGAGCGUUUGAAGUGAAAACCCUGGCUACUACCAAGGUUUUAACUUCAACUUCUCUCUCUAUAUUUUGAAAUUCUCUCCCGUAUGUAACUCCUUACAACUUAUAAAACCCAAUCAUUGCCGCCCGACUAGCGUCCGUAUUCCGUCUGGAUACUGUCAAUCGGCAGGACGAAACACGUGUUUACUUCGUCCACACAGAGAGAUGGGAAAUAAACGGUUUGCACGAGCUCAAAUACCAGCGAUGGCAAAGGACUUUAUACACAGAGAGAGGUUUACCUCCUGACUUUAUACACAGAGAGGUUUCAUCCAUGUACUCUGGAGGCCAGGACACUUUCAAGUAGACAGGCUAGUGAAACAAACGUCAAACUCCCAGCAAACUGUAUAUUUCAACUUCUGCAACAAAAUCUACUUUUGAGUUGACUUUUGAGUUGGAGUUUUGGCAUUGCUUUUUCAUUUGUAUGAACAUCAAUAGCAUAUAGUUGUGGGUUGUUAUGCACAAAAUGCAGCAACCCUAUCAACAAAACUGGGUUGUCAAAAUGUUGCCAUAUGGUAAUUUUAUUAACAACCUUCUCCCAAUCUAUUUGCAACAUUGUUGCAACGACAUUAGGAGGAAAUAGAAUCAUGCAAAUCUAUGCUCGUAUUAGAGGUUCUAUAGACCAGAAGUGGUUAAAGGUAGUCUACCUCACUAGAAGUGGGCCUACAGUUUACCUAACAUAUCAAUUAGGCACUGAUAUAGAGGUGGCCAACCUAACUACAUUGUGUUCAUUCAUUAUGUGUACAUAGGACAGUACAUCCCUUUUGAAGUGCCAUUUGAAUAUGAUGAAGAAAGAGUGCAAGAUGGAGAGAGAUGGAUGGAGAGAGUGUUACAGAGAAUAAGAGUGGUGGAGUGUGAGAGAAAGAGGUGAGGGAGGGAGGAAACAAGGGAGGAAGGGGGAGUGAGAGAGAGAUGGCAUGCUUGUGUAGUGAGGUAAGAAGGAUAUCCCCAUGUUGUUGUGUGACUAUGAAAGCACACAAAUAUGGCACACAUUUCUGCCUGGCUAAUAGUAGAUUAUUAACAGCAGCAGACACCUGCUCCUUACUGAUCUCUCUCCCUCUCCUCUAUCUGUCUCCAUCUCUCUCUCUCUCUCUCUUUCUCUCUCUCUCUCCUCUAUCUGUCUCCAUCUCUCUCUCUCUCUCUCUCUGAAUGAUCGGGUUUUAUAAGUCGUACCGAGUUACAUACGGGAGAGAAUCGUAAAAAUAUACCUCGGCAGCAGCCGGGGUUCUCACUUCAAGCUCUCUCGCUCUCUCUCCUUCUCCCUCACUCUCUCUCUCAGUUCAGUUCACUUUCUCAGUAUGAAAAGUGAAGACAUUUGCUUACCUCGCCAAAGUAAAUGAAGACAACACAAAUAACAGCAACCAUUAUUAUUAUAAUUUGUGACAAUGGAAUUAAUAUUGAUCAAUCUCAUGUGUCACCCCUCUCUCUCUCUCUCUGGUCAGAUCACUCCAGGCAGUAAGGCGGCGGUGGCCAACCUGUGUCCUGGUGAUGUCAUCCUGGCCAUCGAGGGCAUCCCGGCGGAGGACAUGAUGCACUGUGAGGCCCAGAACAAGAUCAAAGAUGCCACCUACCAGCUCAUCCUCACUGUCCAGAGGUCAGGGGUCACACAUACAGAUACAGACAUGCAUACACACUCACCUGAUACGUACACACACACAUCCGCACGCAUGCAUGCACGCACAUUAACAUACACACACUGACAUGCACACACUUACACACACAAACUAAUACACACACACCUCUCACAUAAACACACACACAUCCACUCACACUAAUACUCACAUGCACACACAGUAAUACACACACGCAUAUUAGUCCUCUCACAUAAAACACAUACACACACACGAAUACACACACGCCUCUCACAUAAACACACAUACCAUACAAUAGAGAAAUGUGUACAAACAUCAGUGACAAAAGUGAAUACCACUGGCAAUGAAGUAAAACAAACUGUCACUGAUUGGGUGUAUCCUAUGAUACAUAUACACUACAUGACACCUGCUCGUCGAACAUCUUUCCAAAAUCAUGGGCAUUAAUAUGGAGUUGGUCCCCUCUUUGCUGCUAUAACAGCCUCCACUCUUCUGUGAAGGCUUUCCACUAGAUGUUGGAACAUUGUUGCGGGGACUUGCUUCCAUUCAGCCACAAGAGCAUUGGUGAUGUCGGGCGCUGAUGUUGGGCGAUUAGGCCUGGCUCACAGUCAGCGUUUCAUUCAUCCCAAAGGUGUUCGAUGGGGUUGAGGUCAGGGCUCUAUGCAGGCCAGUCAAGUUCUUCCACACCGAUCUCGACAAACCAUUUCUGUAUGGACCUCGCUUUGUACACGGGGGCAUUGUCAUGCUGAAACAAGAAAGGGCCUUCCCCAAACUGUUGCCACAAAGUUGGAAGCACAGAAUUGUCUAGAAUGUCAUUGUAUGCUGUAGCGUUAAGAUUUCCCUUCACUGGAACUAAGGGGCCUAGCCCGAAGCAUGAAAAAUAGCCCCAGACCAUUAUUCCUCCACCAAACUUUAUAGUUGGCACUACGCAUUGGGGCAAGUAGCGUUCUCCUGGCAUCCGCCAAACCCAGAUUCGUCCGUUGGACUGCCAGAUGGUGAAGCGUGAUUCGUCACUCCAGAGAACGCUUUUCCACUGCUUCAGAGUCCAAUGGCGGUGAGCUUUACACCACUCCAACCGAUGCUUGGCAUUGCGCAUGGUGAUCUUAGGCUUGUGUGCGGCUGCUCAGCCAUGGAAACCCAUUUCAUGAAGCUCACGACGAUCAGUUCUUGUGCUGACGUUGCUUCUAGAAGAAGUUUGGAACUAGGUAGUGAGUGUUGCAACUGAGGACAGACUAUUUUUACGCACUAUGCGCUUCUGCACUCAGCGGUCCCGUUUUGAGAGCUUGUGUGGCCUACCACUUCACAGCUGAGCCGUUGUUGCUCCUAGACGUUUCCACUUCACAAUAACAGCACUUACAGUUGACCGGGGCAGCUCUAGCAGGACAGAAAUUUGACUAACUUACUUGUUGGAAAGGUGGCAUCCUAUUACGGUGCCACGUUGAAAGUCACUGAGCUCUUCAGUAAGGCCAUUCUACUGCCACUGUUUGUCUAUAGAGAUUGCAUGGCUGUGUGCUCGAUUUUAUACACCUGUCAGCAACGGGUGUGGCUGAAAUAGCCGAAUCCACUAAUUUGAAGGGGUGUCCACAUACUUUUGUAUAUAUACUGUAGCAUGUCAAACACACAUACAUGUUUGACAUGCUACAGAACUUACUUCCUGAAUCCCAAGAUAUCUUUAAUACCACGUAGAAGGUUUAAUCUUAUGUAGAAUGUUCCAUCUCAUGUAGAAUGUUCCAGAGCUCUAGCAUUCCUGUUCUUUGAUUUCAUACCCAAGAACGCCAAGCAAGGAGGUACACACACCCACUCUCUAAUACAGACACACUUCUACACACACAUACUCACACACAUACACACACAUGCUUUUAUACUGUUCACACACCAAAGGAAGUCUAUGAAGUUGGGUUGGAUUUAUGAGUGCUCAGUGCACUGUGGCCCAACUGCCGUAUAAACCAAUGUUUGGGCUGUGGUCAUAAUUGUUUCCUCUGCUGUCGAGGGAGUUGACAGUGAGCUCUGUUUGAUCAUGACCCGUUUCUUGUUCUCAGACCAGAAACCAGGCUAUGGUCGCCUCAAGUCACAGAAGACGGGAAAGCCAACCCGUUCAAAAUCAACUUGGAGUCUGAGCAGCAGGUGAGAGGGAGGGAGAGGGGGAGUGAGGGAGAGAGAGAGAGUGUUUGCCUAUGCGUGUGUAUUUGUUUGUUUUAGUUGUGUGUACAUACAUUUGUGUCUACACCUGUUGGUGUUCAUGUGAGUAAUUACCAACUAGAAAAAGAAGUCAGAGAACAUCACAUAAGGCCUCCUUGUCUUUUCCUCUCUAUCUCUCCAUUCAGGAGUUCAAACCCAUUGGUACGGGUCACAACCGCAAGGCCCAGCCCUUUAUAGCUGCAGCUAACAUCGACGACCAUCGCCAGGUGGUGAGCACAGCCUACAACACCCCCAUAGGCCUCUACUCCUCAGGCAACAUCCAGGACGCCAUGCACGGACAGAUGAGGGGCCUGGUCCAGGACAAGCCAGAGGGGUGAGUUGGCUGGCUGGGUGGGUGGGUUGGUGGGUGGGUGGAUGGAUGGAUUGGGUGGGUGGGUGGUUGGGUGGGUGGGUUUCUGUCUGUCUGCUUUCUGUCAUCAUGGUAAUAUCAGUAUUGCUAUAUAAGCUUCCACUGUCUCCUUCUCUGAUAGCAUCUUUUAUUUUUAUUUUUUAUUUUUUUUAUUUCACCUUUAUUUAACCAGGUAAGCCAGUUGAGAACAAGUUCUCAUUUACAACUGCGACCUGGCCAAGAUAAAGCAAAGCAGUGCGAUAAAAACAACAACACAGAGUUACAUAUGGGGUAAAACAAAACAUAAAGUCAAAAAUACAACAGAAAAUAUAUAUACAGUGUGUGCAAAUGUAGCAAGUUAUGGAGGUAAGGCAAUAAAUAGGCUAUAGUGCAAAAUAAUUACAAUUAGUAUUAACACUGGAAUGAUAGAUGUGCAAGAGAUGAUGUGCAAAUAGAGAUACUGGGGUGCAAAUGAGCAAAAUAAAUAACGAUUUGGGGAUGAGGUAGUUGGGUGGGCUAAUUACAGAUGGGCUGUGUAUAGGUGCAGUGAUCGGUAAACUGCUCUGACAACUGAUGCUUAAAGUUAGUGAGGGAGAUAAGAGUCUCCAGCUUCAGAGAUUUUUGCAAUUCGUUCCAGUCAUUGGCAGCAGAGAACUGGAAGGAAUGGCGGCCAAAGGAGGUGGCUUUGGGGAUGACCAGUGAGAUAUACCUGCUGGAGCGCAUACUACGGGUGGGUGUUGCUAUGGUGACCAAUGAGCUAAGAUAAGGCGGGCAUUUGCCUAGCAGUGAUUUAUAGAUGGCCUGGAGCCAGUUGGUUUUUUGCGACGAAUAUGUAGUGAGGACCAGCCAACAAGAGCGUACAGGUCACAGUGGUGGGUGGUAUAUGGGGCUUUGGUGACAAAACGGAUGGCACUGUGAUAGACUACAUCCAAUUUGCUGAGUAGAGUGUUGGAGGCUAUUUUGUAAAUGACAUCGCCGAAGUCAAGGAUCGGCAGCAUGAGUGAAGGAGGCUUUGUUGCGAAAUAGGAAGCCGAUUCUAGAUUUAACUUAAUGUGAGUCUGGAAGGAGAGUUUACAGUCUAACCAGACACCUAGGUAUUUGUAGUUGUCCACAUACUCUAGGUCAGACCCGUCGAGAGUAGUGAUUCUAGUCGGGUGGGCGGGUGCCAGCAGCGUUAGAUUGAAGAGCAUGCAUUUAGUUUUACUAGUGUUUAAGAGCAGUUGGAGGCUACUGAAGGAGUGUUGUAUGGCAUUGAAGCUCGUUUGGAGGUUUGUUAACACAGUGUCCAAUGAAGGGCCAGAUGUAUACAAAAUGGUGUCGUCUGCGUAGAGGUGGAUCUGAGAGUCACCAGCAGCAAGAGCGACAUCAUUGAUAUACACGGAGAAAAGAGUCGGCCCAAGAAUUGAACCCUGUGGCACCCCCAUCUGUUCAUUUGUUUCUGCCAGAGUUUGUCUACUGUAGGCUAGCGCUGUUCUAAAACAUAUGUUAAAUGUUACAUCAUGGUACUUUAAAUAAAAAAUAACAUAUUGGGUUUUUGACACUUUGUUGAGACUGUAUGGAAGUCAGAGGGGGAUACAGGGAGUCUCGUAUCCCUGUCAUCCAGUUCCCAGGAAGUCAUGUGGAUCUCAUUAGCCUAGCUAGCAGAUAUAUGGCGUGUCACCACGGUGCGUGUAUUACCCAAGCACGCAGGAAUGACUUUUUCCCUGGCUUAAGCAGGAGCUGUUUCUGAUAGAGACAUAAAUCAUGCUAGCCGAGGGUCACAUUAGCCUACAGUGUUCAGUUCAGUACAGCAGCUCUGCACUGUUCCUAUUUGAUCAGGUAAUGCAGUAGAAACUAGAAAGGAUAAGUUUCAGUAAAAACGUUUGAGUGCUUGUAAUAGUGAGGUCCUCUGGGCACAAACUGGUUGAAUCAACAUUGUGUCCACGUUCUUUCAACGUCAAACAAAUGUGCUGGGUUUUUCAAGCGCAACAGUUUCCCGCGUGUAUCAAGAAUGGUCCACCACCCAAAGGACUUCCAGCCAACUUCACACAAUCACUCUAAAAGUGGUUCAUUGGAGUCAACAUGGGCCAGCAUCCCUGUGGAACUCUUUCAACACCUUGGAGAGUCCAUGCCCUGACAAAUUGAGGCUGCUCUAUGGGAAAAAGGGGGUGCAACUCAAUAUUAGGAAGGUGUUCCUAAUGUUUUGUACACUCGUUGUAUAUAUACAUUUAUAAACUGGGUGGUUCGAGCCCUGAAUGCUGAUUGGCUGACAGCCGUAGUAUAUCAGACCGUAUACCAAUGGUAUGACACAACAUUUAUUUUUACUGCUCUAAUUACGUUGGUAACCAGUUUAUAAUAGCAAUAAGGCACCUCGGGGGUUUGUGGUACAUGGCCAGUAUACCACGGCUAAGGGCUGUAUCCAGGCACUCCGCGUUGUGUCGUGCUUAAGAACAGCCCUAGCCGUGGUAUAUUGGCCAUAUACCACACCUUCUCGGGACUUAUUGCUUAAAUAUAUCAUAUUCAAUCUAUGUGUAGUAUUAUAGGCCUGUAGAUCUCUUUCAGCAAACUCUGAUUAGAUGACUUGGUGUUCUGGCUAUGGGUGGUGGCUAUAAAAAGAGUUGUGUAUACGAAAGAUGUCUGCACACUCAUGCUUCUUCACCCCAUGUCAUCUCUAACCUCCUCUCUCCAUUCUCUCCAUUCUCCUCCCAUCCAUUCUUCCUCUCUGUUUUCCCCUCUCUUCACUUCCUUUAAUGGACAUCUGCUGAUGCCUGUGUUAUGUGUGUGUCUGUCAGACCUGGGUUCAAAUACUAUUUGAAAUAUUUUGAAUAAUUUGAGCGCUUGCUCUAGCCUGCCUGGAGUACCACAUGGGUGGGAUUUGCCAUUUUGGGACUAUUUUAUUGGUCCAUUAAGCCAGGCAAGCUCAAUAAAGUACUGAUAAAGUAUUUGGAAAUUAUUUCAAAUAGUAUUUGACCCCAGAUCUGGUCUCUGUAAUGUCCUUUGACCUGAUGCGGCCUACGAUAACCAAAAAGCCUCAGGGCCCUGUAGUGAGAGUGCCCCAGCUGGCAGGCAUCAUUUCCCCCCAUGACUCACAAGACCGUCCCUGAACCUGGAGCUGGGGAGGUCUGGACCCCCAGGGCUCAAUAUGACUCUGAUGUUAAAUCUGAUAUGGAGGAUAGUGUUGUUAUGACUACACUGGUGUCUGCUGAGGUAGAUGAACAGUGCUUUCCAUGGUAGCUGCAGAUCUUGGAUAGAACAGGUGCAGUCGUCUCCACAAAAUGUGGGAUAUUUUUGUGUGUGCGGGCGGUGGGGUGUGUGUUUGUGAGUGUGUGUGUGUGUGUGCUGCAUCUGUUAAUGCUCACCUCUGUGUGUUUUUGCUUAUCUCUAUGUGUGUUUGUGUGUGUGUGUGUGUGUGUGUGUUGUAUGCUCACCUGUGUGGACGUGUUUAACUAUACUUGUGGGGACCAGAAGUCCCCACAAGAAUAGUAAACCAAGAAAAAUUUGACCAACUGGGGACAUUUUGUUGGUCCCCACAACGUCAAAUGCUAUUUCUAGGGGGUUUAGUGUUAGGGUUAGAAUUAGUGUUAGAAUUAGGUUUAGGGUUAGGAGAUGGGGUUAGGGUUAGGAGCUAGGGUUAGGGUUAAGGUUAGGUUUUUGGAUUAAGGUUAGGGUAAGGGUACGGGUUAGGUUUAGGGAGGAAAAAUUGGAUUUUGAAUGGGACUGAAUUGUAUGUCCCCACAAGGUUAGCUGCGCAAGACUGUGUGUGUGUGUCUCCCCCUCUGCAGUAGCAAGACGCUGAGCUCCAUCGAGGAGUCUGACGUAUACCGCAUGCUGCUGAAAGACCAGGAGGAGCCCCAGGAGCCCCGGCAAUCAGGUUCCUUCAAGGCCCUGCAGGACUUUGUCGACAGUGAUGGUCAGUUCUCCACUAAGUAACUUCUCUCUCAUUAUUAUAUGGGUGGGUAAUGAUGUCAUCAUUCAUUGUGCAUUCCAGGCCAUAAUGCUGCAGUUCCACACUCAAGAAGAGCUUCACGGUUGCAUAUAAUAAUAUAUUAUUUCUUAAUGAGACAUAUCGAGGACAAAGCUGCCGGUGUUCAAGCCGUCGUCAGCGUGGGUUAGCUCUCUCCCACUCCCUCACUUCAGGACCUAUAGUUUAAUUAAAACCUCUAGCUACCAACAUCGCAUGUAUUUUAACCCCCCCCAAAAAAACUAUUGGAAAGAGCCACAAUCAAAAUGAAGAUAUCACUUGAAAUCAGUAUUUUAUUGGGCAUUCAUUUUAUAAGACGAGGUAACGGGAGAUCGUUUAGAAUACAAAUUGUUCUGAUCUUGAAAAGUGGGUACACAAGGAGUAAACCGUAUACAAAUGAAUUAGUAGUGAAGAGAUUACAUGUCUAUGCUUUGGUUCAACAGGCUAACAUGGUCACCUUGAGUGGUCCUGAUGACCCAGGUUUGAUAUCUUUACUUGUUGCUUAUUGUAAAGCAUCUUUGGGUUUUGGAAAAUGCUAUAUAAGGCCUGUGUACACUGAACAAAAAUAUAAACGCAACAUGUAAAGUGUUGGUCCCAUGUUUCAUGAGCUGAAAUAAAAGAUCCCAGAAAUGUUACAUAAGCACAAAAAGCUUAUUUCUCUCCAAUUCUGUGCACAAAUUUGUUUACAUUCCUGUUAGUGGGCAUUGCCAUGAUAAUCCAUCCACCUGACAGGUGUGGCAUAUCAAGAAGCUGAUUAAACAGCAUGAUCAUUACACAGGUCCACCUUGUGCUGGGGAUAAUAAAAAGGCCACUCUAAAAUGUGCAGUUUUGUCGCACAAGACAAUGCCACAGAUGUCUCCAGUUUUGAGGUAGCGUGCAAUUGGCAUGCUGACUGCAGGAAUGUCCACCAGAGCUGUUGCCAGAUAAUUGAAUGUUAAUUUCUCUACCAUAAGCCACCUCCAACAUCGUUUUAGAGAAUUUGGCAGUAUGUCCAACCGGCCUCACAACCGCAGACCACGUGUAUGGUGUUGUAUGGGCGAGCGGUUUGCUGAUGUCAACAUUGUGAAUAGAGUGCCCCAUGGUGGCGGUGGGGUUAUGGUAUGGGCAGGCAUAGGCUAUGGACAACGAACACAUUUGCAUUUUAUCGAUGGCAAUUUGAAUGCACAAAAAUACUGUGACGAGAUCCUGAGGCCCAUUGUGAGGCCCAUUUUCUGGGGGGUAUCUGUGACCACCAGAUGCAUAUCUGUAUUCCCAGUCAUGUGAAAUCCAUAGAUUAGGGCCUAAUGAAUUCAUUUCAAUUGACUGAUUUCCUUAUAUGAACUGUAACUCUGUAAAAAUGCAGCCUAAGCUCCUCCCACUGGUCCAAAAUGCGUGAAACCGCGGGUUCAAUGGAGAGCCAAUGUGUGGCACACACCUUGGUUAUCUGUAAAGGUUUCUCCCCACAGUUGAUGGUCUCAUAUAUGGCCUUGUAGGCCUCCCUGCGCUUUGGAGACACUGAAAACCAGUUAUAAGUCUCUCGUACCAAAUACUCCACACUACGGGGGAUGGUGUCAUUGGAAGCAUGACUUACAGCAAGCUGCAGAGAGUGGCACACACAGCGAAUAAGAACCAGAUCUUUGAGGCCAUACUCCUCCUUCAGCACUUUAUGGACCCCAUUGUUAAUCCCUGUAAUAACAGAGGCAUUGUCAGUCCAUAUCCCCAGGAGUUUCUCUUUUUUAAGACAACACUUCUCGAGGAAAGCCACAACAGCACGGGCUAUAGAUUUGGCAUCUCCUCCCUCCAACUCAACAAGCCCCAGAAAUGUUGUUACAAUUGUCUGCUUGGUGUCACUAAAGUACCUUAUCACAACCCCCAGGUACUUAGAAACACUUACAUCCGUGGACUCAUCGAGGAGGAAGCUGAAACGCUAGUCACCCACAUCUGUGACCAACUUUUUCAGUAUGGUGCUAGAACACCAUUAAUAAUUUCUGUGCACUUUGUCCUGUGCAUUUUGAAGUGGGUAGCAGCAGUGGAGUCUGAGAAAGCAGCUCUACAUGCUUCUCCAAUGUGAUCACAUGCCAGCAUGGAACAGUGUUCAGCGAUAGCUAAUGCCAUGGUGGCCUCAGCCUUUUUUGCAGUCUCAAAUUUUUUAACCAGAAAUGGCAGCUUGUUUUGUGUGGAACUGUUAUAAGGCUUUGCCUUUUGAGUAUGUUUUUGAGUUGUCAUGUGUUUUUUUACAUCACUAAGUUUGGCGUAGAAAUCAGCCUUACAAUACAGGCAGUAUGCCCGUGUAUCAUCUCCAAUAAACGGCUUCAACCAGCCUUUGAAAUCAGGGUUUGAUUCCCACUCCUUUCUGUAUUUUUGAGUGUACAGUUUAGACUGAGACAUGAUGAGCUAGCCAGCUAGGUAUUUAGCUUAUGUCACAGAGAGGCACACACACAGUGGACGAGGUGAGUAAGUGACUGAGGCCGUGUGAGUCAAAUGCAGUGAUUUAUUUUUGUGCAGUGAUUUAUUUUAGACAAAGAACAUUUUACAUUUACAUCAGCCAGCGGCGGCUUCCCGCAUGCGCGAUUCAUUUGCAGUCUGGAGGCGGAGGGGUGAACAUAUCCUGCUCUGACUGCAGCUGGGAGGGACUGCUGCGCGAGGACUGGGCCGCCUGUGAGUGCUUUGGGACGGGGGUGGGGCCCGGGUGGGGCCCACGGCAGCACCCGCUGCUCGUUGAGAAGAGUAAGAACGAUACGUGCUUUCACGUCAGAGUCUCCAAAAGUCUCCAAUAACACCAGAAAAAGUCGCUAGAUUUGUCGCUAGUCUAUUUUUGGAAAAUGUGUCGCUAGAGGGGUAUGAAUAUUCGCGAAAUAUAGCGACAAAGUCGCUAAAUUGGCAACACUGCUACGAAGACUUUCUCCCUGCGGAUUCCUUUAUUCAUAUCAAUGACUUCCUCCUCCGAUUGGACAAGAACGAUGAUGCAUACAUGUGCUAUUUCAUGUGGAGGCGGUACCUCAAGGCCACACCUCACCUGGUGAAACGCUACAAAGAGUUCAUUCAACCCAUCUGUUAUGCCUGUGAACACAUGGCAAAAGAUAAGGGAUAUAGUGUCGUCCAUGACCUCUAAAAGUGGUUCUUUGGUUGAGACAUUUUCCAAUAGCUCUUCAUUUGAAUACGUCAGAGGAGGCUGGUGGGCUGAGAUAUAGGAGGUCGGGCUCAUCAUAAUGUCCAGAAUGGAAUGAACCCGUUUUAUCCGCACACCAGCCACCACUGGAAUACACUUAUAGUUUAAUUUUGUUUUCAUUUAGUUUUGUAUAAUGCACAUUGAAUUCCCUCCUUUUAAAGUGGAAAUCAGCUGUUGAAACAAUAACAAAGCGUUCUCCCUGCCCCUGUUUCAGUAAAAAGCUGAGGGAUAUUGGGCUGGAGAAAUGUAGUCACUUUCAAAUUCAUAAACAGAGCUAUGGAUGCAAGGACUGACCAUCCAUGAUAUCAAAACUAUAGUUUUAACCAUGUUUUGAGGCUAUGUAGUGUUUGUUUACAUUUACUUUGUUUACGAACAUUGGUGUAAAACAAGCUUAUUCUCAUCAAUUUACACACAAUAGCCCAUAAUGACAAAGCAAAAACAGGUUUUUAGAAAUGUUUGCAAAUGUAUUAAAAAUAAAAAACUGAAAUAUCACAUUUACAUAAGUAUUCAGACCCUUUACUCAGUACUUUGUCGAAGCACCUUUGGAAGCGAUUACAGCCUCCUGUCUUCUUGGGUAUGACGCUACAAGCUUGGCACACCUGUAUUUGGGGAGUUUCUCCCAUUCUUCUCUGCAGAUCCUCUCAAGCUCUGUCAGGUUGAAUGGGGAGCGUCGCUACACAGCUAUUUCCAGAGAUGUUGAUCGGUUUCAAGUCCGGGCUCUGGCUGGGCCACUCAAGGACAUUCAGAGACUUGUCCCGAAGCCACUCCUGCGUUGUCUUGGCUUUGUGCUUAGGGUCGUUGUCCUGUUGGAAGGUGAACCUUCGCCCCAGUCUGAGGUCCUGAGCGCUCUGGAGCAGGUUUUCAUCAAGGAUCUCUCUGUACUUUGCUCUGUUCAUCUUUCCCUCGAUCCUGACUAGUCUCCCAGUCCCUGCCACUGAAAAACAUCCCCACAGCAUGAUGCUGCCACCACCAUGCUUCACCGUAGGGAUGGUGCCAGGUUUCCUCCAGACGUGACGCUUGGCAUUCAGGCCAAAGAGUUAAACCUUGGUUUCAUCAAACCAGAGAAUCUUGUUUCUCAUGGUCUGAGAGCCUUUAGGUGCUUUUUGGCUAACUCCAAUUGGGCUGUCAUGUGCCUUUUAUUGAGGAAUGGCUUCCGUCUGGCCACUCUACCAUAAAGGCCUGAUUGGUGGAGUGCUGCAGAGAUGGUUGUCCUUCUGGAAGGUUCUCCCAUCUCCACAGAGGAACUCUGGAGCUCUGUCAGAGUGACCAUCGGGUUCUUGGUCACCUCCCUGACCAAGGCCCUUCUCCCCCGAUUGCUCAGUUUGGCCGGGCGGCCAGCUCUAGGAAGAGUCUUGGUGAUUCCAAACCUCUUCCAUUUGAGAAUGAUGGAGGCCACUGUGUUCUUGGGGACCUUCAAUGCUGCAGAAAUGUUUUGGUACCCUUCCCCAGAUCUGUGCCUCGACACAAUCCUGUCUCUGAGCUCUACGGACAAUUCCUUCGACCUCAUGGCUUGGUUUUCACUCUGACAUGCACUGUCAACUGUGGGACCUUAUAUAGACAGGUGGGUGCCUUUCCAAAUCAUGUCUAAUCAAUUGAAUUUACCACAGGUGGACUCCAAUCAAGUUGUAGAAACAUCUCAAGGAUGAUCAAUGGAAACAGGAUGCACCUGAGCUCAAUUUCGAGUCUCAUAGCAAAGGUUCUGAAUACUUAUGUAAAUAAGGUAUUUCUCUUUUCGCUUUGUCAUUAUGGGGUAUUGUGUGUAGGUUGAUGAGGACAUUUUUUUUAUUUAAUCCAUUUUAGAAUAAGGCUGUAACGUAACAAAAUGUGGAAAAAGUCAAGGGGUCUGAAUACUUUCCGAAUGCACUGUAUGUCUCUAACUCUCUGCUCCCUUUUUGUAUUUCAAUAUUAAAAUCAUUAAAUAUACUUAAUGUACAGUAUGCUCCUAAUUUUUAUCAUUUGUUUGUGACUUGCAUUCUCUGUCACAAAUGGUAACCCAUUCCCUAUGUAUUGACCAGCUUGAAGUAGUGCACUGUAUAGGGAAUAGGUUACCAAUAGUGUGUGUCCCAUGUGUUGUCCAGGCACUCGCCCCAUGGUGACGAGGACAGUGAGGGCGCCCAUGACAAAGCCACCGCCAUCCACAGGAAACCUGCAGAAACUACCCAUGUGUGACAAGUGUGGAAACGGCAUUGUGUGAGUACUUCGAAGACAAAGCUGCUCUGAGAAUAGUUGGUAUUUAGUUGCACCCAUUUCAUUCAAUACUAAUUAUAAUAAGAAGAGUUAUAGCCUGAAAUCCAGAACCUGUUUUGAGAUAAAGUUCCACUCCUUUUACCCUGUGUCAUUGCCAAACACAGGAGGCUGCUGAGGGGAGGACGGCUCAUAAUAAUGGUGGGAAAGGAGCGAAUGGAUGGCAUUAAACAUGUUUGAUGUUUUUGAUACCAUUCCUCUUAUUCUGCUCCAGCCAUUACCACGAGCCCGUCCUCCCCAGUUAAGGUGCCACCAACCUCCUGUGUUGCCAAACAGUCUCUUUCUUCUACAGAGAGUUUUCUUAGUUGUGUUAAUCAUCAGUGUUUGGUCAGACAAGGAGUGGCAAGGAGUAUAAUGAUAGCAGAAACAAACUGGUACCCAGGACAGAAGAGUUGCACCUACACCUAAAAAGUUCUGCCAAAAACUAGUCGCCCCUUAAAGGUCCAAAGCAGCCAUUUUUAUCUCAUUAUCAAAUCAUUUCUGGGUAACAAUUAAGUACCUAACUGUGAUUGUUUUCAAUUAAAAUAGUCAAAAUAAACUCUUCUUAGCAAAGAGCAAUUUCUCAAGCAAUCAUUUUGUUAGGACUGUCUGGGAGUGGUCUGAGUGGGGAGGGGAAAACUGAACACUAGCUGUUAUUGGCAGAGAGGUUUGGAACUCUGUUAUUGGUGAUGUCACUAGCCAAAAACCAGGCCAAAACUCAUCCCACUAAAACAGGCUGAAAUUUCAGGCAGUCUUUUUAAACAGCUCUUACUUACACUUACACAAAGGGCAUUAACAUAAUGUUCACAAUUUUACAGUAUGAUUCCAACCUCAUAGUGUGACAAUGUAUAUAAAACACAGGAAAGUCACAUUUUUAACUGCACUGGUCCUUUAAAGGGGAAGUUGGAAUUUGAGGUUGUACUUUCUAAUAUUAAUAUACAGUAAAUCUGAUAUUACGCAAGAUCUCACCCCGUGGGGUCAAAAUGAUCACAAGAACGGUGAGCAAAAAUCCCACAACCACACGGGGGGACCUAGUGAAUGACCUGCAGAGAGCUGGGACCAAAGUAACAAAGCCUACCAUCAGUAACACACUACACCGCCAGGGACUCAAAUCCUGCAGUGCCAGAUGUGUCCCCCUGCUUAAGCCAGUACAUGUCCAGGCCCGUCUGAAGUUUGCUAGAGUGCAUUUGGAUGAUCCAGAAGAGGAUUGGGAGAAUGUCAUAUGGUCAGAUGAAACCAAAAUAGAACUUUUUGGUAAAAACUCAACUCGUCGUGUUUGGAGGACAAAGAAUGCUGAGUUGCAUCCAAAGAACACCAUACCUACUGUGAAGCAUAGGGGUGGAAACAUCAUGCUUUGGGGCUGUUUUUCUGCAAAGGGACCAGGACGACUGAUCCGUGUAAAGGAAAGAAUGAAUUGGGCCAUGUAUCGUGAGAUUUUGAGUGAAAACCUCCUUCCAUCAGCAAGGGCAUUGAAUAUGAAACGUGGCUGGGUCUUUCAGCAUGACAAUGAUCCCAAACACACCGCCCGGGCAACGAAGGAGUGGCUUUGUAAGAAGCAUUUCAAGGUCCUGGAGUGGCCUAGCCAGUCUCCAGAUUUCAACCCCAUAGAAAAUCUUUGGAGGGAGUUGAAAGUCCGUGUUGCCCAGCGACAGCCCCAAAACAUCACUGCUCUAGAGGAGAUCUGCAUGGAGGAAUGGGCCAAAAUACCAGCAAUAGUGUGUGAAAACCUUGUGAAGACUUACAGAAAACGUUUGACCUGUGUCAUUGCCAACAAAGGGUAUAUAACAAAGUAUUGAGAAACUUUUGUUAUUGACCAAAUACUUAUUUUCCAUCAUAAUUUGCAAAUAAAUUCAUUAAAAAUCCUACAAUGUGAUUUUCUGGAUUUUUUUUUCUCAUUUUGUCUGUCAUAGUUGACGUGUACCUAUGAUGAACAUUACAGGCCUCUCUCAUCUUUUAAGUAUUAAUAUACAGUAAAUCUGAUAUUUCUAUAUCUCAAUAUUAGGAAGGUGUUCCUAAUGUUUGGUAUACUCAGUGUACUUUGAGUGGUUAGAUCAGGGAGGCAGAACUCUUCCAAAUCAUUUAUGUACUUUUGAAAUCUGGCAACCCUGCUCCAGCUUCCCUUCCCCCAAUCCUAACCCUAACCAUUAGUGCUCAGCGUCAGUGGUAACUUCAGCCUACUCCUGUUGUUAACUCUGUUGUUCUUCUAUAGGGGCACAGUGGUGAAGGCGAGGGACAAGUUCCGCCACCCUGGCUGCUUCGUGUGCACCGACUGUGACGUCAACCUUAAACAGAAGGGCUACUUCUUCGUGGAGGGCCAACUGUACUGUGAGACCCACGCUCGAGCCCGGACGAGACCCCCGGAGGGCCAUGACCUUGUCACCGCUUUCCCCUCAGCAUAGGACCCUCCUCACACGCACACACACAAACACACGCACCAUCCUAAAAACUCUGUCUGCCAGUGAGGCACCAUUGAUUGUAACGGUUUGUAUCUGUGUUCUCCUGUGUUCUAUUGUCUGUAUGCUCUGUUUUGCACAAAUCCUGAGAGUGCAUUUGUUUGUGAAUACACUUACAUGUAUACUACUCUCUUCCUUCAAAUAAAGGGGGUUUUGACUCCAUGUUGUGGAAAUGA